AUGGAAGCAAAUGCUUUUAGGCAAAACAGAAUUUCAAAACUAACUUCUUCAACAAACUACAAUCUCUUCAAACAUAAACCUCAAUAUCCACCUUCCAUAGUUUCAGUACUCAGAAACACUUCAAAUCGCGACAUUAAUGAAGAAACAACGAAAAAUAUUACCAGUAUUGUUUACAAAGAUAGUUGGUUCGAUCUCGUAGCAAUAAACCAUUUAUCAAAAAGUGUUCAAGCUGCCACAGGAAUUAGAAACGAUGAAAGUGGCUAUGAGAGUCUUGUUGAGGCGGCUAUUAUGGCGAAACAGAAAUUUAGUUCUAUUGAGCAGCAAGAGGUUAUCAUUCAAGCUCUGAAUAGACUCUUUCCAGAGUCUGUAUUUUUAUUGAUAAGGAAACUGCUACCACCAUGUAAAUUCACAAGGGAACACUUCGCCAUUUUCACCACUUUGUUUUUUACUUGGUUACUUGGGCCAUCUGAGGUUAGAGAAUCAGAGAUCAAUGGAAGGAGAGAAAAAAAUGCAGUCUAUGUCAAAAAAUGCAGGUUUUUAGAGAAGACAAAUUGUGCAGGGAUGUGUAUUAAUCUUUGCAAAAUUCCAACUCAAUCUUUUAUAAAGAACACUCUCGGUAUGCCGGUGAACAUGAUACCAAAUUUUGAUGACAUGAGUUGUGAGAUGAUAUUUGGGCAGGAUCCUCCAUCAUCAACUGAUGAUCCAUCACUAAAUCAACCAUGCUAUAAACAAUGCAAGGCAUAUAAAAGUCAUGAAACAAACUGCCUCAAUUAA